GCUUUUUAAAAACCUAUGAAAUACAGACGUGUAUGAUUGAAAAUUUGGUCAAGUUAACAGUGAAAUCGUGAGGUGACAGUGUCUACGGCGUGUUCGAAAACGUGAUAGGUGUGACUGCGCAGUCGCCAUGUGCAGCAAAUUAAAAAGAUUAAAAGUGACAUUUUAAUAAGAAAUUUAUAUAAAAUGGCAAGGAAAAAAAACAUUGAAUUGUUAAGAAUAUAAGAGCAGGAAGAGUACUUCUUGAAGGAAGUUUAUCUAAAAAGGUACAAGGAAACAUGACAGAUGUUAAACCAAUUGGAAUUUCUCAAAAUCAGCCACAACAAACACAACAACAGUCACAGCAGCAGCAACAAACACAGCAACAACAGCAACAGCAGCAACCACAACAACAACAAUCUCAACCACAGCAAAUGAUGAUUGCAACCCAUGAUAUUCAACAACAGCAAAAUGUACAGCAGCAACAGCAGCAUGUUCAGCAGCAACAAUCUCAGCCACAACAAGUACAGCAGCAAGCGCAACAACAAGUACAAUCUCAACAAGUUCAACCACAACAACAAAUUCAACAGCAAGUGCAAUCGCAGCAGCAAAUGCAAGUGCAGCAGCAGGUACAGCAGCAAGUGCAACAGCAAGUACAACAACAGCAACAGCAGCAGCAACCUCAACAACAACAAUCUAAUAGCGGACCACAUAACGUUGUUCCUACUCAAGUGCAGGUACAGCCACAGGUAGCAGCAAUUAUGCCCCAGCAACAGGGUGCUGUUGCAGUGUCAAUGCAACAUCAGCAACAAGGUGUUGGAGGUGUAUCUAUGACUUUAUCUGGGCAACAAGGAGGGACAACUAUAACUACUAUGGCUGCGCAUCCACAAGCAGUACAAGUUAUUCAACAACCUAUGCAAAACCAAGCAUAUCAUUUGCAACAACUUUACAAUACCCAAGGAACUCCACUAUUGAUGCCAGGAAAUUUAGCUCUCCAUCCUGCAGGCAUCAAUCCUUCGUCCAUACAGGUCAUAACAGCUGGAAAGCCAUUUCAAUCUGCUGCUCAAUUGACACCUCACAUGCUAACAACAGCAUCGACACCAGGUCAAGGAGGUGGUCAUCCUGCAGCUGGAGGAACUAAAGUUCAAGGGUUCCCUACAGGUUACUUACCAGUACCUACUUCAGCUACACCUGGUGCAGGACAAACUCUAGUAUUUGGUCAACUUGGUGUACUGGGUUCUCCACAACCACCUCCAUCUAUACAACAACAACAGCAGCAGCAGUCUGCAAACAAACAAGAUCAAGUACAAAAGUAUACUACGUGUACAGCGGCUACUCCGUCCGGUGGACGAGGUGGUAUGCAGUUUGCUCCUUGGCAAUUUACACCACAAGUUGCUUGGACAGGAAUACAACCACCAGCGCUUCUAACUAAUCAAAUAUUCAUUAGAGGUCCUACUCAACCUGAUAUGUUUAUACAAAGUCCACAACCAAUCCAAGCUCAUAAUGCACUAGCUACGCAGCAACAAAUUCAGGGAGUACAACAAAUUGCUGCAGCUAGUGGAAAACCAAAGGUAAUGGAUAUACAACAACAACAACAACAACAGAGCAAGCAAAGUUCAGGUGGACAACGACCUUUGAGUAUUUUGCCGUCCUCUUUACAAGCAGUACAAGCUGCUAACAUACGAGCUGCCAGUUCUGUUUCAACGCAAACUGUUCAUGGAGUACAAACUACGGUACAUGUACAGAGUGGCAAAGGAAGCGGUAGUAGCGGUAAAGGCCGUGGUAAGCCAUUGCAAUCGCCGCAACAACCGCAACAACAGUCACAGCAAACGAUGCAACAACAACAUCAACAGGUUUUUAUUCAACAGAAACAGCAUACGCAGCAGCAACAGCAGAUGCAGCAACAGUAUCAACAGCCGCAAGUGCAGCCAUCACAACAGCAAAUACAACCAAAACCAAUAAUGACAAACAUGGCUCUGCAACAACAACAACAACCAGGUGUAGUCCUUAGUGGGGAACGUCCGAUUAUGCCUGUAGUUUCGGUGAGCGGAGUUGGCGUUGCUACAUCUCAAAUGAGUCAAGUACAACAAUCUCCCAUGUCUGCUGUACAACAAUUACCAUUACAAGCAAUCAAUUCGACAAUAAUUGGUAGUCAAAUAGUUAGUGGAACAACACAGGUUCAAACGAUGUCUAUGAUCAAUCAAUCAGCAGAUCAACAAACACAUGAUAAUAACAAUUCCGCAAUAAUGAUUGCAUCACCCGAUCGUAAUCACCAAGCUGAAUGUUCUUUAGCAUUACCAUCUGCUGCAAAUACUCCUACAGCAAAUGAAGAGAAUUCUAAAUCGAUAUUGAAAAAGGACGAUCCAAUUCCAAUAGAAGAAGUGACCGUAUCUCAGCCAGAAACGACAGAUGGGGACCAAUCUAAGAUAACUUUAAAAGAUGAAGAAAAUUUGUCGGUAAAGUUAGAAGAAAAAUCAUGUAGUAAUCCUUUAGCAGGAUUAGCAAAUACGAUUAAUUCUAUUACGAAUGGUAUCAACAAUGAAGACUCAGCGGCAGUUCCUGCUUCUGUAUCAGUUAGUGCAAAUAGUAAACAUGUACCACCAAAGGCAAUGGUCAAACCACAAGUUCUUACACAUGUAAUUGAAGGCUUUGUUAUUCAAGAAGCAUCUGAACCAUUCGCUGUUAAUCGAACGUCAUUAAAUAAUACAGUUAAUCAAGAAACAGGUAAUAUAUUAAACCGCAGUACUAAUUCAUCAUCUGAAAAAGAUAAUCAUGAAGAGCCUCCAAGGAAAAAACAUGCACCCAAUUAUCCGAAUGACGAAGAUGUAAAUAAUGUUCAAAUGGGAAAAUGCGAAGCUUGUGGGAAUUUGGUAGAUGAACAAAAUACUAAAUUCAAAAAGGAGAAACGGUUUUGUUCCUCUAGUUGUGCGAAGAGCAAAAAGCGGGAAGCAAGAGAUCGUGACGGUACCGAAAAACAAUGGACUGAGAUAGAGACUGAAUCAAAAACUGAUGGAGAUAUAAAAAAGAACGGAGAAGAAAAGUCAUUAUCUAGUACAACUACUAGUUCUUCCGUUGAUGAAACACUGCCAAAAGUUAAUCCUGUGAAGUGGACGGUUGGUGAAGUAUGCGAUUUUAUACGCGGAUUACCAGGGUGUGCUGAUUACGCGGAAGAUUUUGCUAUUCAAGAAAUAGAUGGUCAAGCACUAAUGUUACUCAAAGAAGAUCACCUUAUGUCUGCGAUGAGUAUAAAAUUGGGUCCGGCAUUGAAAAUCGUAGCCAGAAUUGAUUCAAUGCGCGUGGAGUCGUCAAAUUCUAAUCCUACAACUAAUAGUUCGUAAAUGUUUAUUGUUUAAGAUUUUUACUCGCAGAAUUUUAAAUUGCAGCCUACGGGCUACAGGGUUUGUGCAAGUAUUUGAUCGAAUCAUAGAAUUAAGAUCUUAAAAAAGAACAAGAUAUUUUUUCGAUUGAUAAAAAUAUUACAUUUUUUCAAACGAUUAAAAUAUCGAUUAUUAAAGUUCAGUACUUUCAAUUCUACACUUAUGAUUUAAAGAUCGAUCUAUGUAAGACUCAGUUCCGUAUUUUGUUCUUGUAUACAAAGUAACAAUAUUGAUAUUUUAAAUUUGGUGUACUAUAUUGUCGACAUAUACAUAUAUAUACAAAUCCACUUUAAAGGGUAAGUCUUACACUGAUUGAUUUUUAUAAAUGUAAAUAGCAUUCAAUUAUUGUAACUUUUCUUUGAAAUUGAAAUGUAUGUAUAUCUGCUUUGGAAAAUUUUUCUAAAAUAUUGCUGUUUAACUGAUAUGAUCAAGAAACUGAGUACAAAUUAUGUCUAUUACACAAAAAGAAGAUAAAACGUUGUAUAUAAAGUAUCCGGCGUAUGUGCGAUGUAUUUUGUACUCGAAAAUUCCUUUUGGAAGCUGUAUAAAAACUAUUGCCUUCUGUAAGACUUACAAUAAUCUCGAAAAAUAUCUGGCACUUUUAAACCGGUUAAGCUUUGUGAUGAAUAGCAAUUUCCGUACAUAACAAUUUUGAAUUGAGGUACAAAGUAUUUGAAAUAAUGCGAUAACAUCUUUGACUAUGUUUUACUAUGUAAAUGUCUCAUGUGCACUCGACUUACAUACGUGUAAAUAUUAAACAAAAUGUUUAUUUAAUAUACAAAUUUUAUAACAUAAAAAUAUUUUAUAGUUGUUAACACUAGUUGUCCUUCCAUUUAGAACUAGAUAUUAAUUUAGAUACAACACACUCUAAAUGCAAGAAAAAUAUAAUUUAAUUUAUAAAAUAUGUGAUGUUGAUCAAGAAAUAAGGCACAUUAUAUAAUAUCCUAUAAAUGUGAAACAUACUCAACAAAAUGAAAUGAGUAUGAAUGUAUUAUAUCAUUAUUCAACAUUUGCAAUUGCCAACAAUGUGAAUAUAACAGUAAUUGUCUAAAUGUUUAUUAAGUAGAUUUAUUAAUUUUGUAUUUAGUAACACAGAGAUCAGUAUAUAAUUAUAAAAGAAUGUAUUUCAAAAUUAAUAUUUUAACAAAGAAAAUAUUUGCAUUUAUGAAAUGCACAGUAUUUUCAUAUUACAAUCUAUAUUUAAUUUUUAAUAAUACUUUAUUAAUAGUGAUAAAAUUCAAGUUUUAUCCAUAACAAGUAAUUAGGCAAAGAUAUAGUAUAUACAAAAAUAAAAUACAAAACGCAUUUGUUAUUUCAAGAUUUCUCAGGGUAUAGUCUUAUUAUAUAUUUUUUUAUAUUGAUUUGAAUGGCACCUGAGUAACAGAUGUGCACAAUUGUGAUGAAAUUAAAUAAAUUAGAGCUUUAAAAAUA